AUGGUCACAAUUGGAGAACGUGUUGAAAGUGGGUUGAAAUCAGGGAAAAUAACGGACACGACUGCGUCGCAGUCAGUUAACAAAAGACCGCAUGGGGGCUUCGCGAAGAAGAAGGAGGGGGAAGCAAACGGUGUGAUGGCGAAGGCUCGCCCCCGACAUCGAGUUCCGAUAGCCCCUAUGCCGUAUUAUCCAUACCAGUACAUUGCCGCAACUCAAUACCAACAACCGCCUUUCCAAUAUCAACCGCAGAGAGACAAUCGACCAUCAACAUCUAAUCAGAGAAAUCCAAACCAACAAUAUCGAGCACAGAACCGAGGGAACAAUUUUGGGAACCGCCCCCAGUUUGACAAAAUCCCGGUGCCGUACUCCGAAUUAGUCCCCUAUCUGGUUCAUGUGGGGGCAAUCAUACCAAAGGAAUUGCCCGUGGCCGCUCCUCCAUUCCGCAACAACCAGAAUCCUAAUGCUUCGUGCGCGUAUCAUGCUGGAUUCAUAGGACACUCCACCGGAAAUUGUUGGGCACUCAAGUGCAAAAUUCAAGAUUUGAUCAACCAGAACAUCCUGACCUUCUCUGAAGAGAAACCGAAUGUAAAGACUAAUCCUUUGCCGAAUCAUAGCGACGCGUCAGUCAACGCCGUGAUUGAGGAGGUAAAUGUUGAGGUCGUACUGAAAGUUGAAGAGGUGAAGACUCCGAAGUCUGUUGUAUUACAAAAACUUGAACAAUUUGGGUUUUUAGAAGAGGUGCAUGAAGAUUGUACAAUAUGUGAGUUUGAUCCCAAUAGUUGCGAGCAGUUGAAAGGGUGCGUGCAGGCACUAAUGGAUCAAGGUUUAAUACAGUUCUCUAAAGCUCAAGCAGCAGAAGAGGUAGCAGUAAUUGAACCGAUAACAAUUGUAUACAGGAAGAAAAAGGUUGAAGCUCCUCCCAAGAGGAUUCAGCCGAUCCAUUUUCACGUCCCAACUCCGUUUCCGUAUCAGAACACCAAGGCAAUGCCUUGGAAUUAUGAGACUACAGCGUAUAUGGGAGGGGAAGAAAUCCGCAUUCCUGAUACAGAGAUCGUCAAUAUCGCUGGAUCGGGAGGCAUGACUCGAAGUGGCCGAGGGUGCCUCCAGCACCCACAAUUGUCUCACCUAAAGAGAAGGCAACUCCUACGCCGACUCCGCAGGUAA